ACUAUGUGGACUACGAAGAGCUUGACUCAUCAGUCAGCCUGCUCCUGAGAGUCACAUCGAAGAAGCAGAAACCUGUUUUUUGAAGCUUCUUUUUGUUUGGAUUUCUUCAAUCAUGUGGCUUUAUAGCUUCUUCCUCAGUUUUGACCUAAAAAGCUUGCUGCUGUUUGCUGUGCUUUUCCUGCUGAUCACAGAUUACCUGAAAAACAGGAAGCCACACAACUACCCUCCUGGACCUCUGGCUCUUCCCAUUGUGGGGAACAUACUGAGCAUGGACAACAAACAUCCACAUGUUUAUUUUACCAAGUUGGCUAAACAGUAUGGGAAUGUGUUCAGUGUCCGUUUUGGUGGUGAAAACAUGGUGUUUGUCUGCGGAUACAAGAUGGUGAAAGAAGCCAUCGUGUCUCAAGCAGAGAACUUUGUGGACCGGCCAUACAGUGCACUGGCUGAGAGAAUUUACUCAGGAACCACAGAUGGUUUGUUCAUGAGCAAUGGGGAGCAAUGGAAGAGACAACGACGCUUUGCCUUGUCUACCCUGCGCUCCUUCGGCCUGGGCAAAAACAGCAUGGAGCAGUGCAUCUGCGAGGAGCUGCGAGUCCUGCAGGAAGAGAUUGAGAAGGAGAAAGGAGGACUUUUCGCACCAGCAGGCCUCUUUAACAACGCUGUGUCCAACAUUAUUUGCCAGUUGGUGAUGGGGAAAAGGUUUGACUACUCUGACCACAAUUUCCAGCUCAUGCUGAAGUAUUUAUCAGAGGCUGUUCAGCUUGACGGCAGCAUCUGGGGUCUGCUCUAUGAUUCAUUACCUGGACUGAUGAAACACCUGCCAGGUCCUCACAACACAGUUUUCAGCCACUUUAGAAAUCUCCUGAACUUUAUCGGUGAGGAGGUGAAGAGGCACAAGCAGGACCUGGACCACAGCAAUCCCAGGGACUACAUUGAUGCUUUCAUCAUUGAGAUGAAGAAUCACAAACAGUCUGACCAGGGUUUUUCUGAAGCCAACCUGACUCUGUGCUCUCUGGAUCUCUUCCUGGCUGGAACAGAAACAACUGCCACUACUUUGCUAUGGGCUUUGGUUUACCUCAUCAGGAACCCUGAUGUCCAGGUGAAAGUCCAGGAGGAGAUCGAUCGGGUGAUCGGGCAGACCAGACAUCCGACCAUGGCGGACAGACCCAACAUGCCCUACACUGACGCGGUCAUCCACGAGAUCCAGAGAAUAGGAAACAUCGUCCCUUUGAAUGUGUUUAGGAGAGCAGCUCAGGACACCACACUUGGCGGUUACUACAUACCAAAGGGUACGUCCCUGAUGCCCAUGUUGACCUCGGUGCUGUUUGAUGAGACUCAAUGGGAGACUCCGGACACCUUCAACCCCGGGCACUUCCUGAAUGCUGAGGGCAAGUUUGUCAAACCAGAAGCAUUUCUGCCUUUCUCUGCAGGGAAACGGGUGUGCCUUGGAGAGAGCCUUGCCAAGAUGGAGCUGUUCCUGUUUUUGGUGGGAUUACUGCAGAAAUUCUCUUUCUCUGUUCCUGAUGGAGUUGAACUGAGUACAGAAGGGAUUACUGGAACCACACGCGUACCUCUCCCUUUCAAAGUUAGCGCCAAGAUUCGCUAAAUGUCAGAACAUCUAAUUAAUGCACUUCUAAACAAACCAAGGAGAGCUCUAAUCUCGUCUAUAAUUAUGUCUGUAAGAUUAUAGUAGUGCUGUAUUUUAACUGACAACUCUGACAUAAGAUUAUCAACA